AUCUAGUACACCAAUCGCUACAAGAACCCCAAACAAAAUUACCCUCUCUUUCAAUCGUGUUUCAAAUUUAUCGAUAUCACCGAUGGAAAAUCUCACACUCACCGCCUUGUUGAAACAAGUCGCCGCCAAAUAUCCCGAUCGUCGGGCUAUUUCACUUUCCGGCCAGUUCGAUAUCACCCAUGCUCGCCUUGAUCAACUCAUUGAGCGUGCCGCUUCUCUCCUUGUCUCUGCCGACGUUAAGCCCGCCGAUGUUGUCGCUCUCACUUUUCCCAAUACCGUCGAGUUUAUAAUUAUGUUUUUGGCUGUGAUUCGAGUCCGAGCCACCGCGGCGCCACUGAACGCCGCCUACACCUCGGACGAGUUCGAGUUUUAUUUAUCGGACUCAGAAUCGAAACUAUUAUUAACCUCCAAGCAAGGAAAUGCACCGGCUCAAGCUGCGGCUUCGAAGCUUAAAAUCCCCCACAUAACAGCCACUCUCCCUGCACCUAACUCAGAAAUUUUACUUUACCCAACUCAGUCUGAGUCCAACUCGUUGUCACAAAUCAUCAAUGAGUCAUCAGAUAUUGCUCUGUUUCUCCACACAUCAGGUACCACGAGUCGGCCCAAAGGUGUGCCAUUGAGUCAACUGAACUUGGCCUCAUCGGUACAGAAUAUUAAGUCGGUUUACAAACUCACUGAAUCAGAUUCGACUGUGAUAGUCCUCCCACUGUUUCAUGUGCACGGAUUAAUUGCUGGGUUACUGAGUUCACUAGUUGCAGGAGCUUCCGUAACCCUGCCUGCUGCAGGCAGAUUUUCAGCCUCAACUUUCUGGGGAGAUAUGAAUAAAUAUAAUGCCACGUGGUACACAGCUGUCCCUACAAUUCACCAAAUUAUACUUGACCGUCAUUUAAAUAACCCUGAACCCAGAUACCCAAACCUUCGAUUUAUUCGUAGCUGUAGUGCAGCACUUGCGCCUUCGAUUAUGGAACGGCUUGAGGAAGCCUUUAAGGCUCCGGUUUUGGAAGCCUAUGCGAUGACGGAGGCGUGCCAUUUGAUGGCUUCAAAUCCAUUACCUGAAGAUGGACCACAUAUUCCUGGGUCAGUUGGGAAACCUGUGGGUCAAGAAAUGGCGAUAUUGGAUGAAAAUGGGGUUGCACAAGAAGCUGGAGCUAAAGGGGAGGUUUGUAUUAGGGGCCCAAAUGUGACAAAGGGCUAUAAAAAUAAUCCUGAGGCGAAUAGAACAGCUUUUCAGUUUGGGUGGUUCCACACAGGAGAUAUUGGUUAUUUGGAUUCUACUGGGUAUUUGCAUCUUGUUGGAAGAAUUAAGGAGCUUAUCAACCGCGGAGGUGAGAAGAUAUCUCCAAUAGAAGUGGACGCAGUUCUCUUGUCUCAUCCUGAGAUAUCUCAAGCAGUUUGUUUUGGAAUUCCUGACGACAAAUAUGGUGAAGAGAUUAACUGUGCGGUCAUUCUCAAGGAAGGAUCAGAAAUUGAUGAAGCAGAAGUGUUGAAUUUCUGCAAGAAAAAUCUGGCAGCUUUCAAGGUGCCCAAAAAGGUGUUCAUUACCGACUCUGUUCCAAAGACCGCUACAGGGAAAAUCCAAAGAAGAAUUGUUGCAGAGCACUUCCUUUCUCAAAUUUCUACUGCUAAAGUGCCCAAGUUUGGAGCUUAGACUGCAUAUGUUCUGUUGGUUGAAGCUCUUUUGUUCCGAGGUCGUGGAUUGAGUCUUUGCACCCUGGUCAUCUCCAGUAUUAUAACAGAUGGACAUAGUUGCAAGCUCAAAUCAUUUCUGUGUUCUUUUUUCUGCUGAAUUUUAUAUCAUUAUUGGUGAUUAGUAGAUUCUUGUACAUUUAAAACAAGUGCAUUUCAUUUAUUACUGGUGUGUACUCUGCAAUAUGAACUUCAUGGAUGUUGAGUAUUUAGUUUGAGAUAAUAUCAACAUGGUGGAUGUUAAGUA